GCCGUCUGCGGGGCCGCCCUCCUGGUCCUCCGUUAUGAUCGACUCGGUGAAGCUGCGCCGUGAUAGCGCGGCCGACUUCUUCUCGCACUACGAGUACCUUUGCGCGCUGCAGGACUCGGUGCCGCUGCCCGCCGUGCGCGCCUGCCUCCGGGAGGGCGUGCUGGACUUUAACGCCGACCGCCUCCGCGUGGUGGACUGGGCGCCUCUGCUGAGCACGCUCAAGACCAACAAAGACCUGCCCCUCAUCUCCAUCCGGAGCUGCUUCCAGCCGUGGCUUGGGGAAACAGGUUCUAACAUAAAUAAAGUUUACAGAAGUCGUGUUCCUGCGAUAAGAUCCAAAGAUGUGACCUUCCAGUUAUGUAAAGCUCUUAAAGGCUGUUUAAAUAUAUCAAGUGUGCUGAGGAACCUCGAGCUAAAUGGACUACUUCUGAGAGAGAGAGAUUUAACUAUUUUAACAAAGGGAUUGAAUAAAUCGACUUCUUUGGUGCAUCUGUCUCUUGCAAAUUGCCCAAUUGGAGAUGGAGGUUUAGAAAUUAUUUGUCAAGGAAUAAAGAACUCUAUCACUCUUAAGACAGUCAACUUCACAGAGUGUAAUCUGACGUGGCAGGGAGCAGAUCACAUGGCCAAGAUCUUAAAGUACCAGGUGAUGAGAAGACACGAGGAGACAUGGGCUGAGAGCCUUCGCUAUAGGAGGCCUGAUCUUGACUGCAUGGCUGGCCUGAGGCGCAUCACUUUGAACUGCAACACGCUUGUUGGGGACCUGGGUGCCCGUGCUUUUGCAGAUUCUCUUAGUGAGGAUUUAUGGCUUAGAGCACUUGACCUGCAACAGUGCGGCCUCACCAAUGACGGAGCCCAGGCUUUACUAGAGGCCCUGGAAACCAACAGAACUCUGGUGGUUCUGGACAUAAGAAGAAACCCACUCAUUGAUCAUUCUAUGAUGAAAGCAGUUAUCAAAAAAGUUCUUCAGAAUGGAAGGAGUGCUAAGUCAGAGUACCAGUGGAUGACUUCUCCAUCAGUGAAGGAAUCACCUAAAACUGCUAAACAGAAAAAGAGAACUAUAAUUCUAGGAAGUAGUCGAAAAGGAAAAGCUACUAUUAGAAUUGGAUUGGCUACCAAGAAACCUGCAAGUAGUGGAAGAAAAUACACCCUUGGUAAAGAGUGCUAUGCUCCUGAACCCCUCCCACCUGGUGUGUCUGGUUUCUUGCCAUGGCGAACUGCAGAACGUGCUAAGAGAAGCAGGGGUUUUCCAUUAAUCAAAACUCGAGAUAUACCUACUCAGCUGCAGCCAUCAGAUUUUCCUGUGACUGUGACAGUAGAGAGUCCUUCAUCCUCAGAAAUUGAGGAGAUAGAUGAUUCUUCAGAAAGUGUUCAUGAAGUGCCGGAGAAAACCAGUGUAAAACAUGAAGCCUUACAGGAAAAACUGGAGGAGUGCCUGAAACAGUUAAAGGAGGAGAGAGUAAUAAGGCUUAAGGCUGAUAAACGAGUCAGUGAGCUGGAACAUGAAAAUGCCCAGUUAAGAAAUAUAAAUUUCUCUUUGUCUGAAGCCCUUCAUGCACAGUCAUUGACACACAUGAUCCUGGAUGAUGACGGUGUUCUGGGAAGCAUCGAGAAUUCUUUUCAGAAGUUCCAUGCUUUCCUGGAUCUCCUUAAGGAUGCUGGACUUGGGCAGCUUGCCACAAUGGCUGGUAUAGAUCAGUCAGAUUUUCAUUUACUAGGUCGUCCCCAGUUGAAUUCUACUGUUAGCCAUCCACCUGAAGAGGAAAAGAAGGCACCUGAAGAAGAGAAACCAGAUCCAAAGCAGAGUGCUGCAGGGCAAAUGCAAAAUAUUCAAGUUUCUAUUUGUAUGCAGUCAGCUUACAAUGAAGGAACACUAAUGAAGUUUCAGAAAAUCACAGGUGAUGCUAGAAUUCCUUUGCCUCUUGACUCCUUCCACGUCCCAGUUUCUACUCAGGAGACCAUAGUAACUUCCAGAGACAACCUGGGAAACCCAGCCCCUGAGCAGCAGCAGCAGCAGGACUCUUUUGAAGGAUUCAUUGCUAGAACAUGUUCUCCUUCAGCAGAUAAGAUUCCUGGAACUGGAGAAGAGGAGUGGUCUAGAAAUAGCAGAUCACCUUCAGAGAAAGUGACCAGAGCAGGUGAAUAUACCAAAAAACACUCCGCUAAGAAACAGCCCGGAAAGGACCUACAUUCCUAUUCCGACUCUUCUGUAAGCUGGAAAAGCAAAGGAACUAAGGAAAAUGGUUCUCUAGUUAAAGAACCUAUCAAAAGUGAGUCGUUGAAAAAAUAUGUUUCUGUCAAGAAAGAAAGAACAGUAACUGUUUCAUCCAAGACAAAUAAAAGUAAAAACAAUCCACUGGAACAUUCUGAAAGUGAUACUCUUGGAUCCGACUUUGAAAUUCAAGAAAGCAUCCAUUCUCUAUCACGUUUGACAUAGGUUUAACCUUUGAAUUAUGUUUUUGCCUUCCAAUUUUAAUAAAUUUUCUCAUGUUUUUAUUAUGGUAUAUAGU